UUAACACGCCCAUCUCAUGGCCUUGGCUCACAUACAUCUGACCAUGGCUAGUAGUACUAGAGCUGUUAGCAUUGGUUUCUUAGUGUUGUUGGGUGCUGUUUGCAUAUGUUCUGCAGCUAGAACCCUUCUCACAUCUGAAGGAGGAGCUGGCUAUGGUCUAGGCCAUGGUGCCGGCGGAGGGGCUAGUUAUGCUGCUGCAGGCGCUUCUGUCGUUGUGGGUGGUUCUGGCGGUGACAGUGGCGGAGGCUCUGGUGGCAGAUAUGCUGGAGGCAAAUUUGGUGCAGUAUGUGAGCAUGGAGCUGGAUAUGGAGGCAGCAGCGGCGGUGGAAGUGGCGCUGGCUACGGUGCCGGAGGUGAAAAGGGUGGUGGGUAUGGUGGUGGCGGCGGUAGUGGGGGAGGUACGGGCGGAGAGAAAGGCAGUGGCUAUGGAAGUGGUUUCGGUGCUGGGUAUGGCGCUGGUGGUGAGCAUGGCGGUGGCGGCGGUGGCGGUGGCGGCGGCGGCGGCGGCGGCAGCGGCGGUUCUGGGUAUGGUGCUGGUUAUGGUUAUGGUUCUGGUGGGGGUUCUGGUGCAGGCGGUGGGUACGGCGCUGGGGGCGGUGGAGCGAGUGGUGCUGGCGGGAGUGGGGGCGGUGGUGGUGCCGGGUAUGGUGCAGGAGGAGAGCAUGGAAGCGGGUACGGCAGUGGUGGUGGGGCCGGCUACGGUGCAGGUGGGGAGAAAGGUACUGGCCAUAGUUACGGUGCUGCGGGGUGUGGUAGUGAGGAGGGCUCCGGUGGCGGGUCUGUUAAUGGCGAGGGCUCCAAUUCAAAAAUUACGUGGUUAGCCUAA